AUGGCGACGACCUCUCACCUAAAGCUCAUAUCGCUUGCUCUCCUACUAGCCAUGUUUCCCCAGGCCAUGGCAGUGCCACCCCCAUCCCUCCUGGAAGAACAGGCAGGAGCCCUCCUCAUUUGGAAAGCCACCAUACAGAGCCCCCCAGCCCAGCUGAGGUCCUGGGGAAACACCACAACACGGCCAUGCGGCUGGUACGGCAUCAAGUGCGGCGAGCAUCGAGCGAGGCGGCAAGAGGUGGUGAUCACCGAGAUCUCUCUCCGUGGGUUGCGGCUGAGAGCGAGGCUGGAGGACCUCAACUUCACGGCGUUGCAUACUCUCACAAGUAUCCGACUACCCUACAAUCAGAUAAGGGGUCUCUUUCCACCCGCUUUAGCAUCAUCCCUGCCAAACCUGCGGCACCUGAUGCUUCAGGGCAAUAACAUCUCUGGUGAAAUACCGAGGCGAAUAGGAAGACUAGAGAGUCUAGUGGGUCUGAGCUUGUCAAACAACCACCUGUCCGGUCCCAUACCCAAUGAAGUAGGCUACCUAAAGGAGAUGACCAUGUUAGAUUUUUCCAGCAACAACCUCACAGGGCCCGUUCCAAUAAAUCUAGGAAGUUGCACUAAACUCACUAUCUUGUACCUUGAUGGUAACCAGUUAUCCGGAUUACUUCCUCGAGAACUAGGUUACCUAGUGAGAUUACAAGAAUUAGCUCUUAGCAGCAACAAACUCAUGGGUUCCAUCCCCGAUACGCUUGGGAGUUUGAUUAACCUCAUUGGAUUGUACCUAUGGGAUAACCAACUCUCCGGACAUGUUCCUCGAGAACUAGGUUCCCUCGCGAGUCUAGAAAAAUUGGAUUUUAGUGGAAACAAACUCAUGGGCCCCAUCCCCAAUACCUUUGGAAAUUUGACCAGGCUCACUACCUUGUACCUCGACGAUAAUCAGUUCUGCGGACAUGUUCCAGAGGAAAUUGGCACCUUAAUGGAUCUCAAAUAUCUACAACUUGAUGGUAACAAUCUCUCUGGUCCAUUGCCACCUGAGUUGUGUGCUGGAGGCAUGCUCAAGAGACUAACCGCAUUUGGCAACAAUCUCAAGGGACCUCUACCAUUAAGUUUACUGAACUGCAAAAGCCUAGUUAGAGUUCGCCUUGAAAGUAAUCAAAUAGAAGAAGAUAUUUCUGAGAUGGGAGUUUAUCCAAAUCUGGUCUACAUGGAUAUGAGCUCAAAUAAAUUGUUUGGUCAAUUAUCUUAUCACUGGGGAGGAUGUCAUAAUCUUACAAUGCUAAGAAUCUCAAACAACAACCUUAUCGGGGAAAUACCGACAAGUUUGGGGCAACUAUCUCAACUAGGGAUACUUGAUCUUUCGUCAAACAAGCUUGAAGGAGAGAUUCCAAGUGCCCUAGGCAAUCUAAGAGAAUUGUUCAACCUGAGCCUCGCGGAAAAUUUGUUCCAUGGUAGCAUUCCACGGGAAAUUGGAGCAAUGUCGAGUCUGGAAUUACUGGAUUUGUCAUCAAAUAACCUCAAUGGUUUGGCGCAAGACUCAAUCAAGAAUUGUUUGAGGCUUCGCCUUUUGAAGUUGAAUAACAAUAACUUCAAAGGAAACAUCCCCGCCGAGCUAGGGUUAUUGCGCAACCUACAUGACCUGUUGGAUUUAAGUGAAAAUUCAUUUACUGGAGCAAUACCAAGCCAACUUAGUGGUUUGGUCAUGCUAGAUACUCUUAAUCUGUCACACAAUGAACUUAAUGGCUCCAUCCCGUCAUCAUUUCAAAAUAUGAGAAGCUUGACAACCAUUGAUCUAUCUUACAAUGAAUUGGAGGGGCCGGUACCGGAUAGUAAGGUCUUCCAAGGAGCUUCAAUCCAGCAGUUCAUGCAUAAUAAGAUGUUAUGUGAUGUGGUGAAAGGAUUGCCCCCUUGUAGUAGUGCAAUUCAGAGCAGAGGGGAUAGGGAGGGAUACAAAAUACUUGUAUUAGCCACCGUUCCUGCCCUUAUAUCUCUUGUUGUUGUUGCGGUGCUAUUGAUGUUCUGUCAUGAAAGGAAGAAACCCAAGGAAACGAACACUGAUAAAGUAACACAAGCAAUUACCUUCUCUAUUUGGAGUGUUGAUGGGGCAAAUGUUUUCAAGCAAAUCAUUGAAGCAACCAACAAUUUUAGUGAGAUGCACUGCAUAGGAAUUGGGGGAUAUGGAUCUGUCUACAAAGCUAAACUUGCAACACGUGAAAUAUUUGCAGUGAAGAAGAUACAUAUGAUAGAAGAUGAGUGUUGCUUGAAUGAGACGGUAUUCAAUCGUGAAAUCGAGUCACUGAUGAAGAUUCGUCAUCGAAACAUCAUAAAAUUGUUUGGGUAUUGUUCGUCUAGCCAAGGUAGGUUCCUUAUCUAUGAAUACAUGGAGGGAGGAGACCUGGCAAAAACACUGAAGGACGAUAAAAGGGCAAUUGAAUUGGACUGGAGAAGGCGUAUACAUAUUAUGUUGGAUGUGGUUCAUGCAUUGGCAUACAUGCAUCAUGAUUGCUCAUCACCAAUAGUCCAUCGAGAUAUAACGAGCAACAACAUUUUGCUUGAUCUAGAAUUUAGAGCAUGCAUAUCUGACUUCGGUACGGCUAAAGUUCUCAAUAUUUACGGCCGAAAUCACACAAGGCUUGCUGGGACGAAAGGCUAUCUUGCCCCAGAGCUAGCAUAUACAGAAAAUGUGACGGAGAAAUGUGAUGUAUACAGCUUCGGAGUGCUUGUUUUGGAGCUAUUUAUGGGAUCUCAUCCAGGCGAUUUUCUCUCAUCCCUCUCGUUGGCCAACAAGAUCAAUGUUGUGUGCCUACAGGAUUUGCUGGACCCCAGGCUCACGGUCCCUAAUGCUGAAACUGCUAGAGGAAUAUAUUGCAUGCUUAGUGUCGCAGCUCAGUGUCUGGAGCCACGUCCAUCACACAGGCCAACAGCACGACAAGCCAGUGAUGAGCUAUCUACGAUUAAAGCUCGUGGAGAUCAUGUUGAUUAUUUGCAUGCUGGUAUUACCUUUCCUGCAUUGUAG